AUGAUUAAUGGAUUGUCUAUGGAAAUUGGUGAUGGAAGAGGAACGAGAUUCUGGGAGGAUGUUUGGUUGCAUGGUGGGCCACUGAAAGAUACUUUUCCGAGACUCUUCUUAGUUUCAAACCAAAAAGGAUCCGUCAUAGGGGAUUGUGGAUUUUGGGACGGGUUAGAGUGGAGGUGGAAUUUCCAAUGGAGGCGUGAGUUAUUCCAAUGGGAGUUGGACAGAGAGGAUAGAGUGGUAUGGAAGUUUGAUAAACAGGGUAUUUUUUCUACUAACUCCUUUGUACAGGAAUUGCAGGUGGAAUUGCUUCCGGAGGAUAUAGCGAGUUUCAGCUUUACUAGGACUGUAUGGAAAGGUCUAGUCCCACCAAGAGUUGAAUUGUUUAUCUGGUUUGUCUUGACUGGGAGGGUCAAUACAAAGGAGAGGCUGAGUCGGUUGGGAGUGGUUAACCAAGAAGAUGUGGUCUGUGUGUUGUGUAAUAACGGUGUUGAAUUUGGUCACCACUUGUUUCUUGCUUGUGAUUUUUCUUGGCAGGUUUGGUGUGCAUGGCUAUCUUUUGUUGGAAGGCAAUGGUCAUGCUCAGGGACGCUAAAGGAACAUUUUCAGAGUUGGACUGAGUUACCAAAUAGUAAGCAGGAGCGCAAAAGGUGGAUGGUAUCCUUCUGUGCUAUAAUCUGGAAUAUCUGGCUUGAAAGGAAUAUGAGGAUCUUUCAAAAUAAAAGAAAAGGGGUUGACAAUAUUAUCCACCAGUCGUUCAUGAACUUCAAGGAGUGGCUAGGUGUGGAUCCCUUCUGUUGUUGA